AUGGGAUUCUCACGUAGGUUUGACGUCAUCAUGCGCCCGGCCCUGGUGCUGCCGGUACCGGGCACUGUUUUGAAGUUGAGUGUGUCUUUCCUGGACGUGACCGCUGAGGUGCCAUUCGUGAGACUAUGGUCCAGCCUCCGGGAGCGCAAGGAAGAGUACGAAGGGCUGAAGACUGAGGUACAAGCGGCUGUGUUAGCUGAACCCUGUGGGGCGGGGGAUAAGGAUUGGACCCCGGCGGUAGGCCAUUACUGCGUGGCUGAGGUAGAUGGACGCUGGCACCGCUGCGAGUUGCUUCACCGUCAGGGCGUAGAAUACAGUGUCUUCCUGAUAGACGUGGGCUGCACUGUACCUGCGAGGGCCCACCAGCUGAAGGAAGCCCCCAAAUCCCUGUUUUGUCUUCCUGGAGAAGUGCUGGGCUAUGUGCUGUCCAACUUGGUGCCCAAAGAGCAGAGAGCCUGGAGUGGGCAGGCCCUAGAGUACCUCAGCUCCCUGCAAGGCCAGCAAGUUGAAGGAACCGUUCAAGACAUUAUCUCGCCUCAUGGGUUGGUCCUUUUAGAGGUGGCAGCCAUCUCCAAGAGCUUACUUGACUUGGGCUUAGUCAAGCCUUUCCCAGACUCUUCAUUUCGUUCUUUGAUUGACACUUUCUUUGCUGGAGGAUAUAGCUUGGCCCAAACCAAUCCCAUCCCAACCUUUCCUUCUGCAGAGAACCAGUCAAAUACCAUGGCGCAGCUCAAUCCCCGGCGGGCUUGGGCCUUAGACUACUUCUACCCGCAGUUUCAGGUUGGCGUGAUCGAACCUGUGCUGGUCACCGAAGUCGCAAACCCCCACCGUAUAUUUUGUCAGCUGAGGAGCCUGUCUCACGAAGUACAGAGACUUUCAGAGAGUAUGCACCAUUUUUACGAACUACAGAGCGGUAGUGGGGAACGCAAUUAUAUUCAGCCGUUGAUUCCUGGCCAGCCGUGUGCUUGCCGUGGCUCUGAUGGUCGUUGGUAUCGCUCUCUACUGCAAGAGUACUACCCAGAUAAGAAGCUUGCUAUGGUCAUCCAUGUAGACUGGGGUCGCAGGGAUGUUAUUUCUAUCAACUGUUUGCGCGCGCUGGCGGCAGAUUACUUCCGCAUGCCUGUGGUGACCUUCCCUUGUUCACUGUUUGGUGUUUCUGACGGAGGCUUGGCUUGGGAUCCUGCCAUAAUAAUGGAGCUGCGCAAUAUGUUCCAAGGAAAGCAGUUCAGUGCCAAAAUAGACUUUUAUAAUUCAUAUGAACAUGUGUAUGUUGUCACUCUGUACGGAGAUGAAGGGAUCAAUUUAAACUGUGUAUUUGGUACACGGGCUCAGUCCCUGAGUUUUUCCCAAGUUCAGAAACCCUUAAGCACCACUUUAGGUGAAGGCCAAGUUGUUGGCUCAACCGAUGUUAAAAGUGUCCCUGAAACACCUCCAGAUAUUUUUUAUGCCCCCAGUGUUCCUGUUGCUGAGCUGAAGAUCUCCACAUUCUAUGAUGUCCUAGUGGAGUUUGUGGUAGAUCCUUCCAACUUCUGGAUCAAGACUGGCGAAAACGCCACCAAGUACAGUGAAAUAAUGAGUCAAAUAACCGCUUUAUAUUCACAAGCAUCAAAGCUAGAUGGUAUCAUAACCACUCCCCAGACAGGGCAGCUUUGCUGCGCAAAGUUCAAGGAUGACCGGUAUUACCGAGCUGAAAUUGUUGCUGUUAAAGGUAAGAUGGUGGAAGUGUAUUUUAUUGACCAUGGGAACACAGAAAUGGUGGACUGGUAUAAUGUAAAAAAGUUGCCAUCAGAACUUAGAGAAAUGCCAGGCUUGGCCAUUCAUUGUUGCGUUGCCGACAUCUGUCCCCUGGGAGUCCGCUGGAGUCCAGAAGCUAUACUUGCCUUUAAAAUUGCAGUGGUUGAUAAAAAGCUUAUAAUCUAUGUUGUGUCCAAAGAACUUCAUAAAUACAUUAUUGAAGUUUUGGACAAUUCCAGAAUAGAGCAGAGGAGCAUGGCUAAAAUACUCUCGGCAGCAGGGCAUGCAAAAUAUGAAGAAGUGGAACCUGUAGCUCAGCAUACCGGAAAUAUGAGUGACAUAGAUAAUGAAACGCAGCAGCAAUUUUUAGGUUACAUUAAUAAAGAUACAAGUUCACUUAAAACUCAGCAGAAAGAAGAUGUCUGCUCAAUGGAAGAUGACAACAGUGUGCCAUACUCUCCAUAUGAAGAUCAAUUCUUUGAACCAGGUGCUACAAUAGAAGUGGUAGUGUCAUGUAUUAUAAGCCCUGGUUUGUUUUGGUGUCAAAAUGCCUCGCUCAGCUCCAAACUUGAAAAACUGAUGGCCAAAAUACAAGACUAUUGUUCCAGUACAGAUUAUCCUUAUGAAAGGGGUGCUUAUGCAUGUCUUGCAAAAAGUUCCUGUGAUGGCAAAUGGUACAGAGCAUUUAUAACCAACAAUAGGCCGGGUAGCAAAGCAAAUGCAAACCAAGUUGAAGUUCUUUAUGUCGACUACGGCAUCACAGAAACUGUUUUAGUGAAAGACCUCCGCUGCAUAGAGAGCGAGCUGUUUGAUUUAAAAGCGCAAGCCUUCAGAUGUAGUUUGUACAACCUUAUUGCCCCAGACAGUGAGAACCCCUUUGAGUGGGAUACAAAAGCAACUUUAUCUUUUCAUAGGUUUGUCGAUUCUUCAGCAAAAAAAUGUUCAGAGUUUAAAUGCACAUUUUUCGCAACUGCCUUAGUAAAAACAGAACUGUCUUACAUUGUAGAUGUUUUCACUCCUUUUGCCAGCAUUUGCAAAUUAUUAGUAGAAUUAGGCCAUGCUAAACAGUUAUCUCACACUACACUGGCACCGUCGGUACAGCUGCAAACAUAUUAUUACUCCAUGCAUGAUAUUAAAAUUGGUGGUGAGGAGGAGGUUUAUAUUACCUAUGUCAACAGUUCCUUGGAAUUUUACUGUCAGCUUUCAAGAAAUACCGAAACGAUUGACAUGAUAGCGUCUGCUACUGCACGUGUGUGCAGUGAAGUGAGAAAAUUUGAAUUGUCUGUAACACCUGGGCCCUUGUGUCUGGCAAAGUUCAGUGAUCAGCAAUGGUAUCGUUGCUUCAUUAAUACAAAUAAAAACAGCACUGAUGCGUUUUUUGUAGAUUAUGGAAAUACAGAAAAAGUGAACAAAGAAGAAAUGCUGCCUAUACCGAGUGAUGCCUAUGAACUCCUUCAUUUUCCAAUGCAAGCUAUUAAAUGUUCUUUAUCUGACAUGCCUGACACCGUUCCCAGCGACGUGGUGUUGUGGUUUGAAAACCAUGUACUUGAAAAACCCUUAAGGGCUAUAAUUGUUGCCAAAGAAACUGAUGGUAAAUUGAUUGUAGAAUUGUAUGACGGCAGUCAACAAAUUAACUCAAUCCUCAAAACGAAAUUGGGAUGGAAGAGUUCUCGUGCUGAAGGCUCUUUUGGGAAUUCUGAGAAAAGAAACCAGCUAAAUGAUUUAGACAGGGGUGGAAGGAAAGAGACUACCUCAAAAUUUCAGCCAUACAGCCAGGGAAGCAAAUUCUCUCCAGAUCUGGAUGGUCAUUCUCAGAAUGGUUUAACUUAUCAGAAACCUGAGUUUCAGACUAAAGAAAGAGAACAGUUUGAACAAAAGCCAAAUCUGAGAACACCUCGAUCUUAUAACAAUGAUAGAGAAGUGUAUCAAGUACAAAAGAAUAUGUCCCAAAGUGGGUUUGCACCUCAGAAAACAGGAGGAUUUAGGUCUAAAGACAGAGAAGCAUUUGAACAGAGACCAAAUCUUAAAGCCUCUGGACUGUACAGCCAGGGGAGAGAAACACCUUCAAUGUCACAAAAUAGUUCCUACAGUGGUUUUCCACCCCAGAAAACAGGAGCCUUUAGGUCUAAAGAAAGACAAGUAUCGGAACACAAACAGAAUUCGAAUCCACCGAAGUUCUACAAUCAGGAACGUAAAUUAUCUCCACAGUUGCGUAAAGCUUCACAGAAUGGUUCCUCUUCCCAAACAGAAGCAUUUUGGUCUUCAGGAAGUGAUCAGUCAUCUGAGCACAAGCCAGAUAAUGCAUCUCAACAGAGAAGGUCUACCUUUCAGGAAAGUAAGCUCACACCACCUCUGUCAAAAUUAAGUGACCUGCCGAAGCAAAACAUUGCUCUAGGAAUGAAAUCAUCCGUGUAUGUUGCACACACAAAUACAAUUAGUGAUUUUUAUGUGCAUAUCGCACAAAACACUGACCUUAGUAACAUUUCUGAGAUCUUGAAUAAUGAAAAGGGCCCCUCUGAUCAACUAGACGAAAAAUAUGUGAAUUUGGGAGACUUAAUUUGUGCAUUUUAUGAAGAUGAUGGGCUGUAUUAUCGUGCGGUCAUAACAGAAAAAUGUGCUGAUGGGUUACUUGCGCAGUACAUAGAUUAUGGCAAUACUUCAGUAAUACCUCCCACCAAGAUAUAUAAACUUCCACCAAGUUUAUUGUCUAUUCCAGCAAUGAGUAUUUGUUGUGCCUUAGAUAAAUGUACUACAUCAGCGUGUGAGCAGAAUAUGGAUGAUUUGAGGCUUAAAUUUUCUGAAAGAACUGGAGAUCUAGAGUUGAGCUGCGAAUUUGUGCAAUAUAACAAUCGCAAGUGGAACGUAAUUUUGUGUGAUGAUCAAGGCUGCAUAAAUGACCUCUUUAUUCCUGUCUCUGGAGAUCCUAUGUUAAAUCCACCUUUGCCCGAAGAACCUAGUGUAACUUCUGAAACAUUAAUCAGUGCCAGUCUUUUUGUGUGGAACCUUCCUGAACUUGGUGAGACUGUUGAAGCUUUUGCAAGUGCGGUUGAUAGUCCUGAACAUUUUUGGUGCCAGUUGGCGACAGCCGAUGUUGACUGUUUAGCAGUUAAAGUUCAGGAAGCUGGAGAACAUUCCAUUCAUGAUGGCAGAUUCAGUGCAGAGAUAGAAGUUGGUUCACCUUGUAACGUAAUUUACAGUGAUGAUAAUUAUUGGUACAGAGCUGCUGUAACAAAGAUGAAGGACGAUAAAGUGACUGUACGAUUCGUUGACUAUGGGAAUGAAGAAACGCUUCAGAUGGAACAAGUGCGAAGGCUUCCUGCUGAUAUUGCAGCAAUUCCUGUUCAGGCAUUUCCAUGUUCCCUUGCUAACUUUAAUUUAUCAGAGGGGUGCUGGAGUUCAGAGGCAAAUACCUUUUUCUAUGAUAAAGUCACAGAAGGGCUUUUAGAAAUCACUGUGCUCCAUAUACAACAACUUGGACUGUGUAAAAUUCCACAAGCUUCUGUAAAUGUAAAGUACAAUGGAGAAGAUAUUAACUGUGAAAUGAGACGGUUCUGGCAGGACAGUUUUGUAAACACUAACCCAUUUACAGAAUCCCUAAAUGCAAAGGAAGAAACUGCAAUUGAGGAUAAUGUCAUACCUUCCCAGGCAGAUGAGGAUGACCAUUCUGAGCCAAGUGAAGAACCUUGUGCGAGCGAAUCAAUCGAGACUCCAGCAGUAGAUGGGGAAGUACUGACUGCAAACGAUGAAACAAAGCUUGAAGCCCUUCCGGUUUCUUCUGCUGAGGAAGCUGCAGAGAUCACCGACAACACAGAUGUUGAGCUAAUGAGGACUGAAUAUUUAUUGCAUGAAGUCCAGAAGAGCAGUGAUUUAUCAUGUUUAGAGCUGACCCUGGAUGAAGAUGUUCCAGAUGAGAAGAAUUCAGGCACACCAGCUGUUACUCCAUUAGCCGCAGAAGAUUUGUGUAUUGAUUACGAUGAAAGCAAUAUCAAGAAGUCCUAUUCAGGUGUUACAACAGAAAUGGAUAAUAGGGAAUUGCACCAGACUGAAGACCUAGACCUUUGGACCUCAGCUGCUCAGGAUCAAGAAAUUGCGAGUUCAGAAAUACUUGGUGAUGUGCCUAUUGAUAAAGAAUGUGACUACAGUGUGGAAGAAGCCACGGACCAAAGCUGCACUAACAUAGGACUGGAAGAGGGCCCUGAACCAGUGGAGAAUGCAUUCACUGAGAACAUCAAUGAUGAGACAGACGUUGCUAAUGUGCAAAGCAAAGGAGAAGAAGAAGAAGCGUAUCUAGUGCCAGAGGAGAGCACAGUUGCUGAAUGUGAGAUUGAGGAUUUUGAGCCAGAGGUUGAUCUGCAGAGCAGAGAAAAUGAAGGCUUACCUGAGUAUACAGAUAUUCCAUUACUGGAGGGUGAUAAUUCAGUCAGCCCUGAAGAGGUAUCCAGUCAUGAAAUGAAUGAAGCAGAGGGCUUGGAAGAUCAAGACCAAGAGCUAUUGGGGUAUACAGGCACUGAACGCGCAAUGGACGAUUAUGAAGUUCUGCAAAGUGAAGAACAAGCAGAGGAUUUGGUGCCAGAGGAAGACCCAGGUACUGAAACUGAACACAGGAGUUAUCUUUUUGAGGCAGAAGAAGCUGAUCUGCCAAGUCAAGAACACAAAGACUUUCCAGAGCAAGAGGAGGACCGAGUUGCAGAACACAAGAAUGAUAUUUCUGAGCCAGACUUGCAAAGUAAAGAGCAAAAAGAGGAUUUGGUUCCAGAGGAAGACCCAGGUACUGAAACUGAACACAGGAGUUAUCUUUUUGAGGCAGAAGAAACUGAUCUGCCAAGUCAAGAACACAAAGACACAGUCACAUAUACAGACAUUCCAUUAUUAGAGGGAGGUGUUGAUGAUUUUGGAAGCAAAGAAACUGUAUCCAUAGAUUAUAAUUAUGAAUAUGUAACUGAGGAUGUUGAGGACUUGGAUACUGAAAAUCAAGAGAGUCAAAUAUGCAUCAGUGGCUCUGACAAUCGAUCUAAGGAGUCUGGGCCUGUUGACCUGCAAGACUUUGAAGAUGAAGUGCUGUUCCAAUAUACAGAGCCUACAGCUGACAGCGCUAGUGAUGUGCGUCAGGGAGAUGAGUGUGAAUUUGCAGCACAUUCUGAUGAGAACAUAGAAAGUCCAGAGCAUCCAGUACACACAGACAGCACUGCUGAUGUAUGUGAGACUGAUGUUUGUGAGCCAGAAGUUGCAGACCAUUGCCAUCUACAAGAUAAGGUGGUAUCAGAACGCACAGAGUGUCCAGUACCAGAUGACCGCACUAAAGACGAUCACCAGAAUAAUGAAUGCCAGUGUGCAGUUGAUCCUGUGGAAAACAUAGAAUGUCAAACUCCAGUGUGCCUGGUGGCAGCAGACCGUUCAUAUACUGAGUACACAUGGACUGUCAGUGAGACAGAAUCUGGUAACAUGAAAAAUAUAGAAUUUCAAGAGUCUCCUGCAGAAGGGGACAGUGUGGGGUCACACGGUGUUGGUGCAACAGAGUGGAAAGAUGGUGAACCAGAGAGCCUAGUAAAUCCAGACACACCGCUUCUUGAGGGGCCGGUAUCUGUGGAUAUCAUGCACAGCAGUGAUAACUUUGAGCCAGAAACUGAUGACAUGGAACAAAUGGAGCAAGAUCAAGGGCGGAUGAAGAUUGAGUCCAGCUACGUCCCAGCCCCCAGCGUGUAGUGAUGGAUCGGACACCGAAGGGGACAUUUCAUUUGAGGAUAUUCGUUACUAAAUGCUGAUACAGACACUGCAGGUUGUGCUAAUUGGCUGUAGUAUUGUCUGUCUCCGUUUCAUUUCAGGAUAUCAAAGCCGUGUACCGGCCCCACGCACCUUUCCAGUUAGUGGUUGUGAGCACUUAUUUCUGUUUCUUUUCUGAUAAUAGGUGCCUUUAUUAUUUCUCUACAUUGAGGGGUGCUUAGACUUUCGUUUGUUUGGAAUAUAAAGAACUUAUUAAAGCUUAAAGCUUAUUUCAUGAAA